GGGCGGUGCCUGCGGCGAGGGCGGCCCAAGGUCGGAGCGGGGCGGCGGGGCCAGGCCCGGCGCUGCCCGCAGAUGGAGUACGACUGGCUGGGCUUCGGCUACGCGGCGCUUGUGGCGGCGGGCGGCGUGGUCGGCUACGCCAAGGCGGGCAGCGUCCCCUCCCUGGCGGCCGGGCUUCUCUUCGGGGGCUUGGCGGGGCUCGGCGCCUACCAGCAGUCCAAGGACCCGAGGAACGUGUGGCUCUCCCUUGUGGCGUCUGGAACCUUGUCUACUGUUAUGGGAAUGAGAUUUUACAACUCCAGAAAAGCAAUGCCCGGGAUAAUUGCUGGUGCCAGUUUACUGAUGGUUGGACGGCUUGGACUGCAGAUCAUGGAAAAGCCUCUUAAGCCAUAACUUGGCAUCAAGUCAUCUGAAGAUACGUCAUUGAGAAGCCUGAAAAUGCAACUGCCUGAAUGUGCUACACAGAGGUGGAAGAGGCACUGCUACCUGUGCAUUGUAUUUUUCAUAUCCUAACGCAUGUGGGUUGUGUUUUUAAAGGACUGACAUUGACAGCCCUCGUUAUGUCUUCCAAAAUGGUAUUUGUCUUAACAUUUUCUGCACUAUGAGGCAAGAAAAUAAAGUGUUUAGCUUCUGGACCUGCAGUUUACUGUAGGCAAAGGCCUCUUGGCACUUGCCUGCAGACAGUUGCAGGAUUGAAGCUUAAAUGUACAUCUGUACUUGUCACUCUAAAAUCAUCUAUACCUCUAAAACAAGGGAAGAGGAGUUGCCAAUUUGUCACUAGUAAUUACUAUAACAAACAUGCUUAUUACGUUACUUCUCCCUGUCCUUGCCAGUUUAUCCAGUCACGAUGUUUGUCAGUCAGGGACUUUGUUCUCCCAGCACUGUGUGUUAGAACCUGGUCCCACAAAACACAAUCGCGGAGCAGGCUGUCAAGGUAAUUAAUUAACUGUAAUGCAAUUAGUGCAAACCUGUUACUUGCAAUUACUUAUAAGCAAAACUGCCCAGCUAAAUGUCAUUCAUUUAACUUUUACAGAUUAUUAUUCAUAAACCAAAAAUAUGCUUUAUUAGAUAAUGCUGAAUUUUAGGCAGAACUCUUGCAUUUAAUGACAAUUAAAAUGUUACUCUAAAUAAACCAACAUAUUAUUAUUACAAA